CGAGGAACGGCCGUGUUGGGGGGAGGGUUACGACGGGUCCCUUCGUGUGAUCAACGCGGUGUUUUCUAACCGGGCACUUGGAACCCUCUGGAAAAGUACUGGGAGCCCGGAUCUCACAGGCGUACCGUAGCCGUGUUAUAGUUACUUUCCAAUCCCACUGUAUAAGUAUCGUUUGGCCUUUGUUUAUUCGAGUGUCUUGUGUUCAGACGAGGAACACAACUCCAUCUUAGUUUUAUAACGCGUGUGUAUGUGUGUGGAAAAGUCGUAUUCGCGACUUUCUUUGUUGGAAAAAUGUACCAUACCACAUCGAGUCCUGGAAGCAUCGAAGUGGAUGUGUGACACCAACGCUUUGAAUCUAAUGCGUCAUUUCUUGCAAAUAUACACGUUUAUUGCAACAAUGCACGAACCGUUGUCUUCUCCAGGAGGUAGCAACAGAGAACUACGAAAUUGAAGACAGUAGGAAGAAAGACGUGGUUCCUGGGCAACUGCAGUGCAAGCCCGUCACCGUGUAGGAUCCUGCAGGAUCGAUAUACAACGUCAAGACGCUUGCCUGCAAAGGGGACUGCCGUGCUCACACGAUGACUGCGCCUGUGUCCGUGUGUGUGUGAAGUGAAAGCCAAGUUCACCAAUACAUCGGCGUCUUCGACUCUCCAGCAACAAUACAUGCUGAUUCGUUUGUUUUAUGCGCAUGUAGACAGUCGUGUGGUUUUUCCGUUGUGAUUACGUCGGGCUUGCGGCUUCUGCGGUCGAACGAAUUGUGGAGGAAAGCAUCGUGGAAGAUGUGAAUUUAUAACACCAAGCGAGAAAAACCUAACAGGGGAAUUCCUCAUUCGGGUGAUAAGUUUGUAUAUUAUAGUUAAUAUUGCAGAACAAAUUCCUGGUCUGGUGAUUACUAUUAACACCAGAGCGUAAAAAAAUAAACAAGGGAAAUGUUAUUUAAUUUUUCUGAAGAAUAAAUCAGCUGACUUAAUUGUAUCUUUUGUUGGUGCUAGUCUCAAGUGUAGAUUCUUAACAUCACAUUGAAAUAACGUGCACAAAAACACAAAAAAAUCGAGCAAGUAGUUUUAUAUAUAAAGGAAUAGAUAUAUUGCCAGUCUCCUUCCCCUGUAAGCGUAUGUACAAAAUUUAGCAAACAAAUUAACAGAAAAAACUAAAGCCAUCAUCUGCUCAUAACUCCCCCAUGCUGUGAGAUCACAUUGAUUCCUACACUUCUCAUAAAUCCAAAUUAUUGUGCACGAAAAGACACGAGCUUAAAUAUUCGUUGAUUGUACCUGACUGACUGCCGUCUGUAAAUCAGCGUUGAAUAGACGUCAGAGGAAAUUUCAAUUGUGUGGGCAGAAAGUGGCAAGUGUAUUGAUCUCCUUUUGAACAAAAACAUUGUUUGGAAUCCAUUACUCGAAACACGUGUUCCUUACCAAAAGCCUGAUCUCUUCCUGCAUUAGCUUUCAUCAGGUAAGGCAAUUGAAACAGCUGAGCAUCGUGCGGCGAAGAGUAGUGAAUGGAAGACAAAAAAGAGCCGGCCGUCAGAUUGACAGAAGCUGUCGAAACGAUAGGUCGUUGGUGUUUUCGGUAUAACGUCAAACUUUCGAGUUGGAAACUUUGUGCACGUGCCACAGUUAAACAGCCGUAAAGUAGACCGGACGUAACAACAAAAACUGUGAAACUACACGAAUUUGUGCGCGCGCGCGUGUAUGUUUUGAACCAUUUUCGUAUUCUUUGGAGUUGUGCCGACAGAAGAAGAUCCGCGGAGAAACAAAGGAGCAACGAGCGAGCGGCAACGUGUGAAAUACGUGUGCGAAUUUCCGGCGUAAACGAGACCGCGGUAGGAAGAAUUUUCGAAACCAUGCGGUGGUAGUAGGUAGUCGGAAUCGUGUUUCGUGGUUGCGUGGGCGAUGGUUGUGGCCAGUAUGGCAUCUGAACGGCAGAAAGCACCCAUUAGGGUGGGCUUUUACGAUAUCGAACGCACCAUCGGAAAGGGAAACUUCGCCGUUGUCAAGUUGGCACGACACCGCAUCACGAAGACUGAGGUGGCCAUUAAGAUCAUCGACAAGUCCCAGCUGGACGCCGUCAAUCUGCAGAAGGUCUACCGAGAAGUUGAGAUCAUGAAGCAGCUGGAUCAUCCGCACAUCAUCAAGCUCUACCAGGUGAUGGAGACAAAGAACAUGAUCUACAUCGUCUCGGAAUACGCCAGCCAAGGAGAGAUUUUCGACUACAUCGCUCGCUACGGCCGCAUGUCGGAGAGUGCGGCGAGGCGCAAGUUCUGGCAGAUCCUCUCGGCCGUCGAGUACUGCCACAACCGCCGCGUCGUGCACAGGGACCUCAAGAGCCUGGGCGUGGUGCUGUACGUGCUGGUGUGCGGGGCUCUGCCUUUCGACGGCGCGUCGCUGCAGGCGCUGAGGGACCGCGUGCUGUCGGGCCGCUUCCGCAUCCCCUACUUCAUGAGUUCCGACUGCGAGUCGCUGAUCCGCAAGAUGCUGGUGCUGGACCCGGCGCGGCGCUACUCGCAGCAGCAACAGCAAGAGUUCCUCCGCCGCACGCCGCCUUCCACGUCGACGGUGACGUCGUCAGCCAGCGACUCGGUGUCCCAGCAGCAGCAGCAGCGGUUGCUCCAGCAGCAACCGUCGCCCUUCCGGGAGUUCCUCCAGCAGCAACAGCAACAGCAGCAGCAGCAACAGCAGCAGCAGGCAGCGGCGGCGGCGGCGGCCGCGGCGGCGGCGGUGUCGCACGCGCUGGACGGCCCCACGUUGGGCGCCAAUGCUGCGUCGGGCGACCUGCCAACGGCCGGCGCGCUCUUUCGCUCCGCCGGCGAUGGACGCUACGCGCUCACGCAAAGGUACAGCAGCCCGGUGGUGCUGGGCGUGUCACUGUCGGCGGGUGUGGUGCCGUCGUCCAUCUUCCCUCGCGGCGACUCGGUCCCCGCCGCCGCCGCCGCCACCUCCUCCUCGUCGGCAACGUCGAGCGCGGCGUCCGUCUCCAGCACGGUCGUCGCCGCCCACCCGGCGCCGCCCCCUUCUGGCGGCCACCCGCCUCACCCGGUCACCGCGCAGUUCAGCGGCUCGACGGACGAGGGCGUGGAGACGGACAUGGAGGAAGCGGGCGGCGGGGGCGGCGGCGGCGCCGGCUCCUCGGCGUCUGCCCAGCACCAGCGCCUCUCCUCGUACGCGUCCUCCUCCUCGUCGAGCGGCGUGGGCGGGGUGUUGGCGUUGGUGUGGGCGGUGUGGGCGGCGCGGGCGGCGGCGGUGGCGGCUGCGGCGGCGGCGCGGGGGCGUCCGCGGGCGGGGCGGCGUCGUCGGCCAGCCUGCUGCUGUCGAGGCGGCAGAUGCUACGCCAGGCGUCAUACAAGCUGGCGCAGCAGACGCAGAUUCUUCCGCCUCUGCCGCCGCUCGGCGACCCCUCGCAGAUUUACUUGCAUGUAA